UUGUGGGCAUCCUGGCAACAAUAGAGCACAUUUCAAGUUUUCUUGUGAAUAUUGUGGUCCUGAUAUUAAUGGUUGUAUAGAAAAAUCUGCAGGGUUUAAAUGUACAUGCGUCCCCUGUGAAAAGUCUCUAGAAGAAAAGGAGCAAAAGAAACACGGAAACUGGUGGACUAAAGUUUGUAACAAGAUUACUGCAGAACCAAAAUUUCCUAAUAACCAAAUUAUUGAGCUCUAUUUGUGUGACAAUAAUGGAAACAAUGCUGCAACUGAUGGCAAUUCUAUAUCUUGGGGAAGCCCAAAAACUGAAAUGCUGGUUGAUUUCUUGGCUUAUCACCAGCUCUGGGAGUCAUCUUAUACUCGUCAGAGAAUGCUUCCAAUGUUGUCCACUAUAUAUUUAAGAGAAAUGGCUAGAAAUCCAGUGAACACCUUCUUAUAUGGGCAAUAUGAUUUUCAUUCUAUUCACCGCAUAAAGAUUCGGUAUGGGCAUCGACUUUUUGUGGUCAAAUGGCAGAAAGCUGCACUCGUGUCAAGUAGUGUCGUCAACACAUUACCGGUUGAAGAAUGUGCUAAGGAGCAAGGAGACGUUAUAGAAGUUGAUGAGCCUGUUGAUCUGUUGGAUGAGUCAAGUGACCUACAGAUUUUUCUUGUUGAUGGAUGCUGGUUUUUGUUGACAGACGAAAACAUGGAGCUUGUUCGAUCUGCUUUUCCAGAUGAAGUUGACAAGUUCUACCAGAAGAAACAGGAACUGGAAGAAUCAAAAAGAAGAAAGAAUCCAAUCUUGAGUUCUGAAGGGUCUGGCAAAAACUCAGAAUUGCCAAAUUCGAAAGGUGUCCAACUGAACAUUACUGAAUUUUACCGCUCAACAAAAGUACAAGUUCAGACAAAAUUAGGAGAAGAUACAAGCAAGAAUGCCGAUUCUGGUGGCAGGACAUCGGAUGAGAAGAGGAAGACAUCAAGCUCCAACUUCUCCAAGUCCACAAGACGUCGCCUUUUGUUGGAAUAGCAGGUGGGAGACUGAUUUCGGACAGCUUAGGGAAAAUGCUACUUACGAUGUAAAGAUAUGUUUUGUAAAUGGGAUUUGGUAAUUGGUUAGAAAUUUUGAUCUGGGAAGAUGCUAGUUGAAUGAAAUUGGUAAUUGACAGAAACAUGAGCCAGUUGGAAUGAGUAUAUUUUA